AAAACAAAACUUGUUAUUGUCAAUUUGAAGUCUUUCCUUUGACUCUUUUACCUUUUUACAGCCGCAACCGUUAAAAAAAAACUUCGUUGUGUGAUUGCUUCCUUCUUCAUAUAAUAGAUUCCCAGAAAAAUACAGAGAAACAGAGAGAGAUAGAGAUUGGUGAACGAACCAACCGUGUACGCUUUUCUUCCUCAGUGAUGCGGAGACGAAAGAUACAUCACUCCCCUCUAUUGAUUCGAUUACAGACUCAUCGGAGACGGCGACGUUAGCCCACCACCAAACCCUCUUCUUCUUCUUCUUCUUCUUCCCUUGGGGGGUUUCUUUUUACUGAUCAUACAAAUCUCCUUUCUUUGAUUCUCUCUCUCUCUCUCUCUCAGGGGCGUGCAAUGCAAAGGUUGUGUAGAACAAGAACUAGAACUAGAACAAGAGUUUCUGAUAAUGGAAGAAGCAACAACAGCUUUUACAAAGUCUCUCUGUCUCUUGUGUUUCUCCUUUGGCUUCUUUCUUUCUUAUCCACCUUGUAUGCCAAAGAUGCGGCUUUGACUAACUCUGUAGGAAUAGUUGAUCUUGAUGAUGGUCAAUCAGAUGUAAAAGCUGUUCCCUUUGAUGCUUCAUCAAUAUUAAAGCCUUCUUCUGUUCAUGAUAUAUCUGAUUUGAGUCGGAGUGAUGAUACAAACCCGAUUAAAGAAAGUGAAGAGAAAGAAAAAUCUGUGAAGGAAGCAGAGGCCAAUAGCAUAGUUUCAGGGAGUGGUAUAGAAGAAAGCAAGGACAGUUUCAUUUCAAAGCAAAGUGAGAUAAACAAGACGGAUACAACAGGGAAUGAUGCAGAAGGCAAAGAUACUGACUUUUCUAAGCAAAGUGAGAUGAACAAUACAGGUACGUGGAAUGAUACACAAGGCAAAGAUGAUAACUUUGUGAAGCAAAUUCAAUUGAACGAGACAAGCACA